GCGCCGCUGUUUGGUUGCUUUCCCGCUCUUUCCUAUCGAUUUCUACGUUUGUUACAAAAUUAUAGUGUUAUUGUGAUGUUUUGAACAUUAACAUGACAAAUAAUACAAAGAUUGAUGAUAAAUAAUAAUAUAGUUCAUGUAUUUGUCGGGUUUCAUUGUUUAUUGUAAGAAAUACGUGGGUUUUGUUUUAAACAUUGCAGUGGAUACGUACGAUCGUUGAAAUAUUUUUUGGACAUAAACUAUGAGCUUCGAAAGCAUGGAUUUGAAGAAUUGAAAAGUGACACGACACCACGGAUUGAAUUCACCUCGAAACCGCGACCAAAUACGAACGAACGAACAAUUAAAUUUAUUAAAAAAAACAUACCAACAAAAUAAUGUGUUCAUUUUAUAUUCAUAUUAAUUCAGAAAAAUAAAAGAAUUAAUAAUUGAAAUAAAAUCAGAUUAUGCGUUAAUUUGGAACGCAUCUAUAAUUCGAAAAGGGAAGAGCGAGAUAGAGAGCUGCGUCCCAAAAUAGUGCGUUCGGAAAUAGAUAAAAAAUGUCGGGCUCAGUGAGAGAGGGCGAGGCGGUGGGGACGGACGUGUCAUGGUGGCGGAAACCAUGGAAAACUAUGGCUGACCUCGCGGAAGCCGUCGACGAUCUCAUAUGCAGUUUUGAUUACAUGGACACAGCUAUGGACAAUCUAGUCAUGUUAAUAUUUAUCUGGAUAGUGUUCUCUAUCAUCUUACUGGGUGUCGCCAAAUGGGCGUACGGAAAAUUCGGAGGUACGAAGCCGGCGGAGGUUGAGAAAGUGACGAAACCGAUCGACGAUGUCAAAAAGUCGACAGCGACCGAAAUCAUAACAAGUUCAGAUAGUGUUCUAGCUACAAGUGCUAAGGUUAAGAGUGGGUCCUUUAAACCAGCUAAGACCAGCUUUGUGCCGGCGACUCCGCCUAACAAGAAGCGACUGGGACGUAUGUCACCUGGCCCUGAACAGUUAAAUAUAAAGAAGCACCAGAGUAUUAUAGUGCCGACUUGCACAGGCCCCGACCCAGUCAGCGUCACCUGGGUCAACGAAUUGUUGACGUGGUUAUAUAACGAUCUUGUUAUUGUGAAUGAACUUGUGCAACAAUGGAUUAUUUCUAUGAACGAGUUCUCCAAGAAAUCCGUAGAAGAGCAUGGAAUUGGCGUGGAGCUAGUAAGAGCAUUGGACAGCCAUCCUCCAAACAUCUCUAAUGUCUUCUGCGAAUGUGACUCCAAGGAUGAUGUGACUAUAACAUGCGACUGCGAGGCAACGCCCGCUUUCCAGCUUAAAGCAUUCAGCCAACGCGGGGAAAAGGUGGAGGUCUCACAUUAUCGUGUCAAUGUUAACAGGUUCCGUGCUCGUCUUAACGUGGUAUGCGUGACGGAUAAAUUGACAGGCGAGCUGAAGUGCGACGGCUGGCCCGAGGUGAAGGUUGCCCUCGCGCCCGUCGGCCCGCUCAGACCUAAUGCCACCGAGAAUAAUCUGCAGCAGACAAUCAGCGAUAUAGUUGUUGCUGCGCUCCGCAACACUCACUUGCCAUUCAACCUCGCGCCGCAUCCGACGUGCCCGCGGCUGCGCAGACAUGUCGACGCCGCGCCGCGUCUGCCGUUGCACUACGAUUCUAUGUUACAACAAGACAGACAUAUGUACACAUCUACGCCAAACACAACCUCGGGUACAAUACAACUGUUGGGUGACAAAAGGUUACUGGUCAAAGUCGUCGCGGCUAAAGAUUUAGGAGGUAAGACAGGUUGUGUGGCGCCAUAUUGUGUGGUAGAAAUGGACGAGCCUCCUCAGAGGAACCAGACAGCUUUCAAGAAGGAUACAACAUCGCCGCAGUGGGAGGAACACUUCCUGUUUGAUUUAUCUCCGCAAACAGCAGAACUUCUGUUCGAAGUGUAUGACCGCAUCGGGCCGCCAUCACCUGGAGGAGCAACCUCUCAACACAGGUUCCUAGGUCUAGGUCUGGUGGGUAUUGAUGAGCUGCUGGCCGCACCUUCUCAGAGGCAGCAGAUCGCGCUCCAGACCCGUCCUAUGGAGGAGCACGAUGUCAGCGGCACCCUCACUGUGGAGUUCCUGUUUAUAGAGGGCGCUGAUAUACCAGACUUGGGCUCUAAGCCGUUAAAAAUAAAGGAAAGUUUGCGCACUUUGUCACCACAAGGACAUCUCACAACUACCACCAAGACUACCUUCCAGCAGAAUGGUCAAAAUAAUACACAAUUAACGGAAUCAGCGCUAAGGGAAUUAGAACUAAGUCCCACCAGCGCCGCCAACAAGUCUACACUCAUCAUACACUCUGUACAACGGGAGCCGACGAAGUCGAUAAAGGUGGAAUUAACCGAAUCUGGAAAAUUCAUCGAAGUCGAAAGAGAUGCUGCUGAUUUGGACCGAAACGUCGAGAAAAUCGAAAAGGGGGUAGCCAGUGAUGUACAAAAAAUAACACCAAGUCCUAAUCAGUCUCCGGGAAAAAGUGUCAGGAUAAAAGAAAAUGGCGCCAAAGAAAAUGGCGCGAAAGCAAAUGGGGAUACUGAGCCAUCAAAGCAAGGUGAUUACGUAAACAAUGAAGACAACCCGCCAGAGCCCGCGCCGAGGAAGCGGAGAAGAGAUUUCUUCGGAACUAUAAAGAGAAGACUGGGUCGUUCCCGCACACGAGGACAGUCUCUGGACCUUCAGGACUCCGACGUGGACCAGAAACUGCGCAGUGUCAGCGCUGAGAGAAAUACACAUGAUAAAGUGUUAGCGCUGCCCAAUAGAAACGUAUACUCAGCGGGCGCGUCUCCCGCACAGUCGGGCGACGAGUCUAGAACUUCCCGAAGCGAAGUGUCCGGCUUUAGCACAGCGUCCGCAAGGACAUUUAUCCACGAAGCAUCCACAUUGGUAUUGGAAACGAUCGAGGCGGGAAUCAAGAAGCACUAUUUGGUGCCAUUGACAAUCGCACAGAGAUCAAGAUGGCGACGGAAGGGUGUGAAACUGCACAUUUACAACGAGCACACCUUUAUCGCUAAACAUCUUAGCGGCGGCACUGUGUGUGAGGUGUGCGGUAAGACAGUAGCGCGGCGGCUCGGCAAGCAGGGCUACGAGUGUCGCGACUGCGCUCUGCGCUGUCACAAACACUGCCACGUCAAAGUCGCCACAACCUGCCCCAACUCCACCGUACACAAUAUGGAGCUGGCUUACAUCUCGUCUCCAUAUACGGACAAGAAUUUAAGAAUGUUGUGAACUCUCUAAAUGUGGGUUUCCACUGUUUACUUGUAUAUAAACAUAUUGUCUGAUUCUCUUUGGAGAAAAAGAUACGGAAAUAUGUUUCAGUACAAGUUUUAAAACAGUGGAAAUCCUCAGAAUCGCUUUCGAGCACAAAUAUACAAGCUGUCUAUUUAAAUUAUUUAAA